ACCUAUAUGAACUGCUUAGGGAUAUGAUUUGGUAAUGGACAGGUAUGGUUGGACUCGAUGAUGUCAAAGGUCUUUUCCAGCCAAGGGAUUUUGUUGUUCUGUGACAGUACUUUGAGCUUGCCUGCUUCGUAAAAGGGCAGACAGUGCAGUCUGUAGUUCUGUUUACGUGGACGUAGGCCUACGGCAGAUUACAAGACUUCUUAAGGUUCUCUGAAUGAGUCAUGGUUUCUUCUGACAGUCUAUGACUGUGAUACUGUGUCAGAGUCAGUGUCAAGCUGUUUUGUAGCCCUGAAAGAAAACCGUAGCUGGAGGAUGUUAGAAAGGCAUAAAAUAAUACAGCAUUGGGUACCUGGAAAAUGAGAUGCGGUGGCCAUAAGCAGGCAAGCAGAUGAGUUUUGCUUGUUUACUUUUUCCUGGUUUUCUUGUUUACUUUGUUUUACUUUGAACACAGAAAUGUAGUUUAACUAGACAAAGGCAGCUGUUAAUUGCAGUUGUCAUACCAGUGGAACAUAAGUUGAUUACUUAACUGCACUGAGUUUCCUUUCAGCAGUUUUGAUUUCUCACAAGCAUCAGCAGCCAUAUGUCUCUUACUGUGUCUGUUACUGAUUAGGAAGGCAGCAAUGCAGAGAUUACUCUAAAAGGUCUCCAAGUGCUAGUACUAAAUCUAAAUUUUGAGAGGACCGAUGCAAUAUUCUUACAUGUCCUCAAUUUGUAGCAAAUUGCUUGAUUACAGUGUGCCAGUUUUAUUGGCCUUGGGAAUAAAAGAUUUGAUUGCCAUUCAGUUUUUCUGCUAACCUUGCUUUGCAGAGGUUAACCAGCAGUGAAGGUGAAGUAUUUUUAUUCCUAACUUUUGCAUUUCACGGCAGAGAAUUAGCAUUGUCUGCUCACGAGAGUCUCAGAAGUCUUGCUAGAACUUUAUUAAGACAAAGGAUUUAACUGGCUUUUUUUUAAAAAAAAAAGAGUGUAGGCUGUGUCAUUAAGCUGUUGAAUAUGUUCUAAGUUGUUAAUUUUCUUUCUCCAGGAAGAGUAAAACCCAAAAAUACAUUUGCAGUAUUGAAUGGUAUAUUAACAUCUAUAUAACCCUCUUUAAGGAUGCUGAUAUCACUUCUAGGAGGCGGGAUCCAGGAUGACUCGGGAGACAAACCAGACCCCAGCGCCUAUGCUGUGUCGUACGGGAUGUGGAUUUUAUGGAGAUGCUAGGACAAACGGGAUGUGUUCUGUUUGCUACAGAGAGCAUUUUCCGCUGCAGCAGAAUAGUGGCAGAAUCAGCCCCAUGGGAGCAGCCGGUGGUUCAAACAGUCUUACCUCAGAUUCUGCAUCUACCCAGGGAGUAGGCACUAGCCUAAACAACUGUGAACAUGCUGUUGAUACACCUGGAGAACCAAGCAGGAAUUACCCAGUAGCACUUUGCCCUGUAAUGCAGCAAGUGACAGAAAUGAACAUUGCAAGAGAGGAGAAAGUAGCAGCAAAGCCAGAGAUUGAGCCAGUUGUCACUCAACCAGGCCCAUCAGUUUCUCAACCUAGUACUUCUCAGAGUGAAGAGAGAGCUCCUGAACUGCCCAAACCAAAGAAGAACAGAUGUUUCACAUGCAGAAAGAAGCUUGGCCUUUUAGGAUUUGACUGCCGAUGUGGAAACAUAUUUUGUGGAUUUCACCGUUAUUCUGACAGACAUAACUGCGCAUAUGAUUACAAAGCAGAAGCCGCAGAAAAAAUCAAGAAAGAGAAUCCAGUUGUGGUGGCUGAAAAAAUCCAGAGAAUAUAAGUCAGCCCCCUUGUGAAAAGACUGACUAACUUGUUCAGUCUCCGUUUUUUACUUCGUUAUUAAAAAAUGUUCAGGUUUUUGCUUCUCACUUUGUUCUUCUCAGUUAUUAGAUAUUAAAAUACGUAGAGUUAGUUCAUAUUUAUGUAUUUUGCAUAGUCAUGCUACCCAGCAUCUAUGUUGUAUUGUUAUUAUGCAAGUAAUAAAAACUGUGUACAGAAAGAAAGACUUCCUUUGAUUUUUCUUUGGUUUUAGUUAUUGCUGUAAUCAGAAGGUGACCUUAUAGAGGUUGAGGUGCAAAGUUAGUGCAAGUUCUUAUCGAUGUCAUCUUUAUGCCUAAGGCUGCCUGUGUCCUUAUUUCUUGUUUGGAUAUUGCAACUUCUUUUAAGAUAACUUGCUUGACCAACUGAAAUACAGAUGAUUACUUGAUGGCCUGACUGAAAUGUCAGCAGACGACAACAACAUGCUAAAGGAAGCAAAGGAAAGCAUUAGCAAUGAACUUUGAAGGUUUCUUUCAUUCAUCUCCAAAACAUCUUUUCAGUGGAUCUGUUACAAUAGAGCCUGAUAGAGCCAGUACCCUGACGACACAUUCUAUCCACAUCUUCACCAGCAGACCUGGGCAGAAUUAUUGUCAGGUUCAGCAACCAAUACUGUUAGUUAAAUGUGCCAGAUUUAUCCUUCCCAUUGAGAAGAAGGACAGAAUACACAGCAUAUUGUUUUGGAGGAAGACAUAUUCAUUGUGUAAAAAUCACUUAAAUCUGAAAUGGAUAAUACACAUCCCACCAGUCAGCUGAUACUCAUACAGUAAGUUAUGACUGCAGCCACUGUAUAUAGCUCCAGUUAGGGAACACAGAAAUGAUCUGGGACUUCAUUUUCCAGGAUUAAUUCUAUAACUUAAUGAUGGAACUGCUUUAAAGCAUCAAAAUUACCAUUUUUCUACCUUUCUUUAUUAAUCAGCUACUCCACUGCAGCAUAAAAUGUUUUUCUCCUUAUUGCUUUUGAACUUAGGAAUGCCGUGUAAAUUAAUAUUUGAGGAGAACGUGCCUGGGUUUGAUACUGUCAUGUUACAAAGUGUUUCAGGAUGGGUAAUAGUACUGAUUGUGGUCGUUUGAGUGUCUCAGUCUUCACUGUCUACUUUUUCAAAUGAGCAAAGGCUGUACUUGGGAAGACUUGUUGAAGUUACCCAUAGGCUGUGCCAAGUGAUGAUAUUUCCAGAGGUCCCCCUCCUCCUUCUGAGUUCCUAUGACAAUGCUCCUGAAGCUGGAUCACAACCAUUGCAGCACAAUGCUAUUUUUAAUCUAUACAUAGGUGACAACUAUUCUCAAUUACGUUAGUAUGACUGUGGAG